AGAGGACAGUGAUGUAGAACACCCUCUGUCUGAGCUGAAACAAUUGUCAGACUCUGGAUAUAAGAAAUGUUCUACAAAGAAGAAAAAUGUGGACUCAGGAAGGAAAGUCCAGACAGGAGGGAAGCUUAGCUGUGAAGACUGUGGCAAAACAUUUAUUACAAAAUACGACUUAAACAGACACAUGAGAAUCCACACAGGACAGAAGCCUUUCUGUUGUGAUCUAUGUGGACAAAGAUUUAGCAGAAAAGGAAAUUUAAACACACACAUGAGAAUCCACACAGGACAGAAGCCUUUCUGUUGUGAUCUAUGUGGACAAAGAUUUAGCUUAAAACAACAUUUAAACAGACACACGAGAAUCCACACAGGACAGAAGCCUUUCUGUUGUGAUCUAUGUGGAAAAAGAUUUAGCUUAAAACAACAUUUAAACAUUCACAUGAUAACCCACACAGGACAGAAGCCUUUCUGUUGUGAUCUAUGUGGACAAAGAUUUAGCGAAAAAGGAAAUUUAAACACACACAUGAGAAUCCACACAGGACAGAAGCCUUUCUGUUGUGAUCUAUGUGGACAAAGAUUUAUCGAUAAAUCAGGUUUAAACAAACACAUGAAAAUCCACACAGGACAGAAGCCUUUCUGCUGUGAUCUAUGUGGACAAAGAUUUAGCCUAAAACAAAAUUUAAACAGACACACGAGAAUCCACACAGGAGAGAAGCCUUUCUGUUGUGAUCUAUGUGGAAAAAGA